AUGGUUGAACAACUGCUAGCCGAGGCCACAGCUGACCAUUUGAUCAACCCAGUUGGCGCCGCACACACCAUAGAGGUGAAGGCGGUGACAGCUGAACCGCCGUGGACGAACUUUGGAGAAAGUAGGAUGUUUUCCGCCAGCAUGGUAUUCCCGACCGUCGACUUAUUCCUAGUCGCCCGAACUGUUUCAAUCAACUGUGGAGGACUUGGUCAUCACGCUCGACAGUGUCCAUCGCUGACAGUUCAGUUGCCAGCUCCAGUGGUUAAUGGGGUCCUCAUCCUGGCAUUAAUAGAUACUGGCGCCGCUAUUACUAUAACUUCUAGGGAUACGGCGCCUUUACUGGGGGUGUUUGCGAUGGGGGACAGCGAUAUACCGUGCGCAAUAGGCAUGGCAGGUGUGCCUAUUAAGCUUAGCGGUCGCGCUGAUCUCAGAUUUGAGAGAUCUCACAAACGGUACACGAGAUGUCAAAUUGGAAUGUCAAUUCAGUCGUCGAAAUUGAGCAUGACGCCGCGCAGCUUUGAGAUCAACGACGUGAUGAUUGCCAAGACUCGACACGUAAACCAGUUGCGAUCCAGGACCGACACAACAGCGACUAACACUUUCUUGGAUGUGUUCGACCUACUACUCGACUCCGCAAGCAAGGACAAUGGUGCAACACCGACUGUAGGCUCGUCUCAACGAAAGCAACGCCUUCGACAACCCCACUGCCGACUUCAGGCGGACUAA